CAAACGAAGUAAAUAGUGCUGAAGCUGGUUAUAGUGAUGAAGUUGUUGAAGAUUGUCCAUCACUAUCAUUGUCAAAUGAUAUUUCAGCUGAAUCAUCAUUGACAUCAACCCCUCCAUAUGAUGUUUUCUUAAGACCAUCUUUCAGAGAAAAUCAAGAAAUUUUAAAUACUUCGACACUAAAUACAACAAUACAAUUAGAUAAUGUCAUCGAUUCACUUACCACCGAAAGUAGUUCUGCGCUUUCUAAUUUUUCUAUAAAUCCAAUAAAAAAUAAGCCAGUAUCAAGUAACAUUAUGAAUUUUUGUGACAAAAUUAAUGAAAAUGAACAAAAAAAUAUAGAUAUACUCUUGGCUCGUUCAAUUUAUGCAUCAUCUUCACCAUUAAAUUUGGUAGAAAAUGCAUAUUGGAAAGAGUUUUUUAAAAAAAUUCGGCCUGCUUAUUGCCCACCUUCUACAUACAUAAUAUCUCAUAGAUUACUUGAUGAUGAAUAUAAAAGAGUAAAAGAAUGUACUAAUAAUAAUAUUUUGAAUGCUUCAGUGCUUGGUAUAAUGUGUGAUGGCUGGACAAAUUUGCGAAAUGAGAGUAUUGUAAAUUUUGUAGUAACAACUCCUAAUCCGAUAUUUUUUAAGUCAAUUUCAACUGGUACUGAUCGACACACAGGUGAGAAAAUGGCUGAAGAAAUAAUAAAUGUUAUUGAAGAAAUUGGACAAACUAAAGUUUUUGGAAUAGUUACAGAUAAUGCAAAAAAUAUGAAAAAAGUUUGGCAAUUGAUUACUGAUAAAUAUCCUCUUAUAACUGCUUAUGGAUGUGUUGCACAUGGACUCAAUUUGUUAGUAAAUGAUAUAAUGAAUUUAAAAUUAUUUAAUGAUGUCAUUAAUGAAGGAAAAUCUAUUGUUAAUAAUAUCAAAAGAGGACAUAUAACAAAUGCAUUGUUUCUACAAAAGAGAAAAAAUAUUAAAAACUCUACCGCCCUUACUUUACCAGUUGUUACAAGAUGGGCUUCAGUAGUUGUUUUUUUUAAAUUCAUUACCAGUAAACAAGCAAAUAAUUAG